UUAUAGCUGAAGAUCCUUUUGGGGUCUAUUUAAAAGAUGAUUUUAGAGGAAAAAAUUAUUUUUGGGGGAGAAAAUUUUCUUGCGUUUUCUAUUUGCGCACAUUCUCCCCCUCAACCACUAAUAAUACCUUUUUUUCCCUCACCUCAUUGUGAAAGAGAAUUGAGGGCAGCAGCAUCACGCAAAUCGCCUUGCCACUACAAAAACACACCAAAAUCUCUUCUUUCUUUUAUUUAAAUCUCUUUUUUCUCUUUUGAAGAAUAAAUAUAUCCGAAAAAUUUUUAUUUUUCACUCUUUUCAAAAUCCUCAAAAAUCGCGCACUGUGAAAAUAUCCUUCCCCUCUCCUCCAACUGCCAUCUAUUUAUUACUAUU